AACUAUCCCUUUAUCAGGAAGUCCGCAUUUCCAAUUUUCCGGUUCGACUGUGAAUGCAACGUUGUUACCAGGAACUAGAUUGUGGUUGCUGCGAACUAGCUAGCUAACCUCCCACCGAAACCCUUUUACAAAAUAUUAAACGCUAUAAAUAUGUCUUUUAAAAGGGAAGGUGACGACGCGAGUCAACUGAACAUCCUGAAGAAGCGACGUGUUGCAGAUCUUCUGGCCAAUUUUAUUCCAGAAGACGAAGCGGCUCUUAUGAGCAAUGGAAGAUACACCUGCCUCGUGUGCUCCUACCGGCCCGUGUUCGACACAGUGGACAUGCUGACGGUCCACAGAAACGGGAACAAGCAUCUGGAAGGAUUGAAAUCAUUCUAUGGCAGGAAAACACGGCUGAAGAAUGAAAUUGCGAAAAGGCAACAUGAGAAGUACGUCCAGCUUGAAGACAGAAGUCAGGAACCUUCCAGUUCAGCUCCUCUACUGGAACAAACCCGGAGGCUCACACACCACGCUCUGCUGAAGACUGUUCCAUACAACAGCUGCCAUCGAAACACCAGCACAAAAUCUGAAAAAGGACCAGGGAGCGUUGCUGCCGGACUCAGAGACGACGCUUCCAGCAAAACCUCAUCUGAUCGAGAAAACACGUGUUGGAAAAGUGAAGCGCCGAGCACAGCAGAGUUACAACCGACACCAGAUAAAGAAGAGUCUCGGCUUCCAGUGCGAAGCGAGGCCGAGCCCAGAACAGCCCAGAGGAGCAGGGAGCUGCAGCACUACCUCAAACUGAAAAGUGAUGGGUGGCUCAAAGACCGGAGUGGCCAGUGGAUUAAAGACGAGAACGUGGAGUUCGAUUCAGAUGAGGAGGAGCCUCCGUCGCUCGCCCGCCCUCCCACGAGCCACGGCGAGAACUAAGAACUGUGGGAAAACACGGUGGGACAUGAUGAAGCAGCCACAGCUCAACGUGCAGCGACGCGACCAGCCGACAUUCCGUCACACGGUUUUCAUCUGUUGAUCUGCGGCGAAGCUGCUGCUGUCAUCAGCUGUGACUCAUGGUGCUUUUCACACAGUCGGCUGAUUCUGUCUGGACAACAUUCAAUUAAAAAAAAUACGUGAUAACAGGAAAUGCCAGAAAAAUAAAUAAAUAAAAAGCUCAUGUAAAAUUCCUUUGACCCUAGCAAAUGAAAAUGUCUCAUUUGUGGUACUGCAUUGAACAUCUCAUCUCUUAUUGCCGUGUCCACUCCCAAACAGUCCUGCCCUGCUUGUGUCCUAAUGUCGGGAGAACAUUAAAUUUGUUUUUUAUAGUU